CAAUCCGGACCAUCCUUAUUUGGUCGACACGCGUCUUUAUAUUGCUAGACAGUAAAUUUGAUAGAUAUAGUUGGCUGAAACAAGGUGACUGAAAUACAUUAUCAGAGGUGGAUCGCUGCCGACCACAUCAAUCUAAUCAGCAUUUUUUUUUCUGCGGAGCUCUGAGACUCGCGCCUGUUCAGUCAAAGGGAUUGUUCUAAGCAAAGAGAGAGUUCUAUAACUUUUGAGAUCACCGCUUCUGUGUGCAUCUAAAUUCCGCAUUCACCUAACUCUACCUCGACUGGAUUACUGUUUUUACACUGACCUGUUGGAAUAUAAAAUGUUGAAAAUGGAAAGGUUAAUUUCUACGACAUUGUGUACUGCAUUCUUUUUUACAAACUGUGUUUCAGAGGACUAUCCCAAGGCACAGAAUGUUUCCUGGUUGUCGAUCAACUUCAAAACACUGCUUAUGUGGGAUCCUAAACCUUCCAACUAUUCAUACACUGUUGAAUAUUCUGUUAUUGGUCAGAGCAGAGAGAGGAACCAACACUGUAUCAGGACAAUGGCGACAGAGUGUGACCUGUCCAACUCUCUGGUGGACCUGAAGGCCAAAUACUCCGCUGAUGUCCUCUCAGAACCCCUACGUGGUGUGAACUCUGACCUCAUAGAGUUCCCCCACACCCGCUCGGAGAGGUUCGUCCCCUAUGAAGACACGCUUAUAGGCAGACCUGAGUUCAAGAUUGAGGUGAGCAAAGACAAGAAGAAGAUCACCCUGUAUGUAGAAGACCCUCCCACAGCCCUGUUCAAUGAGCAGAACCAACAGAGAACCAUCCGGGAUGUCUUCGCUGAUGAGCUGCAGUACAAAGUCACCUUCGGGAAAGCAACAAGCACGGGCAAGAAAACAAAGAUCUCUGCAAGCAGUGAGAUAGAGCUAGACAGGAGGGAUGUAGAUCCUGGGGUGAGUUACUGCUUCAACGUGCAGGCCUACAUCCCCUCCCGCAGCACAGACAAACAGCUUGGAGAGCUCAGUCAAAGACAGUGCUCACCGGGCGACAAAAAGGAUUUAUUUGAAGAGUAUGGGAUCGGUGUGAUCGCUGGGUUCAUCCUCCUUAUCAUUCUGAUCAUAGUAGUGGCUAUCAUAGUCACAGUGGUGUGCUGCAAACGCAGAAGGAAAGCCAACACAAGUGGAAAAGAGGGAGUGCCAUUAAGAAGUGUGUAAAAAGGGAGUGAAUCAUUGACACACACUUGGGAAUGCAAGGUACAGCUAAACUGGAUUUACCCUUUGAAAGGGAGUCUGCAGGGGCAGCCCCAGUUCAACAUUCCACUGUCAAACACUGGAGUUCACCAUUUUGUUUCUGUGAAACUGCACAGUGAAUAUGGUAAACAUACUGUAGUGUAUAUUUUCUUUCCAUACAAUGCUGCAAAUAUCCUCUUUUUUGAUUUGGUGACUGGUACUUCUACUGCUGUGAAUAUUAGCUUUUAUAAACACUACCAACUGUUCUUUUUUUUAUUGUGUUUUAUAUAGUUUUUAACUUGAUAUGAUCUUUGGUAAAAUAUAACUUGAUUUUGGGAGACUGCUGAAUACUAAAUCAUAUGGGAAAUUAAGAUUAGUAGGAUUAUAUAUACAGUAUAUAUAUAAUUUUUUAUUCAGAUGCUUAAUUUAUUAUGUGUAGCCAUUCUGAAAGCACUAUUUGUAUAUGAGGUUAUUUUAAAUGUUUAGGGGAUCAGUAGAUACAGUAGUUUAUAUGUUGAUACUAAAUUAUUUUGCGUAAGUAUUACCUGUAGAUAUUUAAUAUAUAUUUACACUGAGUGUACAAAACAUGACAUAGACUACCUAGGUGAAUUCAGGUGAAAGCUAUGAUCCCUUAUUCAUGUCACCCGUUAAAUCCACUACAAUCAGUGUAGAUGAAGGGAAGGAGAAAGGUUAAAUAAUUAUUUGUAAGCCUUGAGACAAUUGAGACAUGGAUUG